CAACCUGCCAUGGAUUUGACAACGUACGGCGGACAGUCCGCAGUUGGCGGUCACAUACGGCAGGCACUUCUCUCCGCUCACGUUAUCCUUCCUCGCGAUGCUGUUGAUAAUGUAUUCGGUGCCGCCGAGAGGAGCGCGUGCCUGUGACCCGGAUGGCAGAUCGAUGGUCUAGAUCAGAGAGGGAAGUUUACCUCCAGCGACCCGAGCCCAGACGCGCUCCUGGCGGAUCACUGCACGGCGGUUUACCCGUUGAACUCUACGACAUGAUAUUGUGAGGCGUCUGCAUGAGGCUGCCUGGAUGAACAUGAUGGAGGAGGCUGCCAGUCAGCUCGAGAGAGACCAUGUGCACAGCGUCUAUGACAAGAUUGCUCCAUAUUUCAACGACAGCCGCUACAAAGCCUGGCCAAAGGUGCAACAGUUCCUGCUGGAUCUGCAGCCGGGCAGCAUCGUGGCUGACAUUGGCUGUGGCAAUGGCAAGUAUCUCCACAUCAACAAGGAGGUGUUCAAGAUGGGAUGCGAUGUCUGUCGCCCCCUGGUGGACUUUGCCUGGAGCCAAGGUCACGAGGUCCAGAUGUGCGACGGGCUGCAUCUGCCUUACAGAGACGGCUGCUUCGACGCUUUGCUCUCUAUUGCAGUUAUCCAUCACUUGUCCACCAAAGAGCGUCGUAUUCGAGCAAUAAAGGAGAUGGCUCGCACCCUGCGAGUGGGCGGACGCAUAAUGAUCUAUGUGUGGGCCAUGGAGCAGAAACGUCGUAAAUUCGAGAAACAAGACAUCUUUGUUCCUUGGAACCCCAACCCUCAAUCGCCCACGGAGCCCGCCAAACCCAGAAAGAGGGCCACAGCUCAGAGUGUGAGCGAAGCCAUAGACAACGCCGACAAGCACAGGAAGGUUAGAAGCACAUCUUCCGUAGCAGACGAAGAAGAGCUGACCUGCACCACACCACAGCAGAGCACACAGAGACUGUGGUUCUUCUCUAGGUCUCUGGAUUCUGUGUUCGACUUUGGGAGCUUAUCCAUCUCACGGUCGUCCUCCAGAGACCUGAGCACUUUAUCCUCGCCCACAGGUGAGAACGAGCGGAACAAGAGCAGCCAUUGGGGGAGAGGACGAGGCCUCAUCAAACAGGUCUCAAGCUUCUUUUCCCCAACGUCUGUGAUCGGAUCGGAGGAGGACGUCUUUGACUCGGUCACAAACCUGCACAAGGGACAAAAUGCUCCUGGAGGCAACAACAACGGCCCAGAAAACCAGAGUGUCUCAGUGUCUUUGGCCCAGGAGUGCGGCUCUCUGGCCCUGCCAGAUCUGGUUCCUUUCCAGAAGGAGCACCUGAAGCAGUCUUCAGAUGAAAGUGAAGGAGGGCUGCAGGGGAAAGAGCAGCAUGAAAGCACAAAGAGUUCUCAGGGGAGCGAGAGGCAGGUGGAGGGCUCCUGCCUGAGGUACUAUCACGUCUUCAGGGAGGGAGAACUGGCCGAGCUGAUAGAGAAUCAUGUUGAUGAGCUUCUUGUCAAACACACCUACUUUGAUCAUGCCAACUGGUGUGUGGUGGCAGAGAAAGUUCAGAUAUGUAAAAUAUAAUUUUAACUUGAUUUUAUUGUUGCAUAACUGCCUCAAGUUUCAGCACUCUCACACAUGUGUAUUACACUCAUGUGAAAUGUAGACAUUGUUGAAGGUACAACAAACACUAAACUACUCCACUACGGCAGAGCUUUACUUAACUGUUUGGAAAUUGUGAUUAUUAGGUUAUUAGUUUCCCGUUGUCCUAGAACCAAUCAUAUCUAGCAUUGAAAAAGUUGACAUGGCCUCACUAAUAGUUUUGCAGCUGUAAAGUGUUUUGCUUUUGAAUGCCUAUUAUUGUAAACUUUUCCACAUUUUUUAUUUAUUAUAUGAAACCAACAAGCAGUAUCCAGAUAUCCUGGGCAUUCUUUUAGAAAUUAUAAUUAUAUUUUUAUUAUCAAACCACAGUGAGCUCCAGUACUGCUAGUGAUUUUAACUCUUUUAUUUUGAUGUAUUAUUUCUGCAAGAGAUAUGUUAAGAAAUGCACUGUUUCUCUCUUUAGAAUUUUAUAUUAACCAACUAAGAUUUUGUGAGAAUAUACAUACUCUUCCACCUGCCGUUAAAUGUUUUAAAUUGAUUACACUGGAAAGUAUUUCUUUGUUUUUUUAUUUUAUAAUUAUACAUUCCUUAAAUCUAACAAUGAGCUAAACUUGCAGCAAUUAUACUUCUUGAUAGAACUGUGUAAACGGCUCGUGUAAUCUUUCAUAACACUAUCAUAAGAGCCUGAAGAAUAUCUUCCAAAACAUUUGUGCAUUUGCCUGUUGCGUUUUGAUUCAAAGAACGCGUUGCCAGUGUGUGUGUGUGUGUGUGUGUGUGCUUGAUGUUUUAAAUAGUUAUUUACCAUCUUGUGUGGAAGUAACAAGCUGAACUAUACCACUGGUAUCUUUUAGAAAAUCAACUGCCUGAUAUACUGUGAAUUAAUAUUGCACUGUACCACAAAUAUCUCACAGCUUGAUGUCAGUGAAUUACAUAAAAAUAGGUGAAAUUUAAAACGUACCAAUGUACCUAUUUAUGCCAAGGACUGUGCGUGUCCGUAACAGUACAGUAUGUGUGGACCAACUGUGUAUGUUCUGAAGUGACACUGGUACCUUGAUGUCUUAUCUUACCUGAUGUAAAUACUUUUGAGUUUUACUUUAUUAAAUAUUUUUGUUCAUGAGUUUA